CUAUACCGUAUACAUCUGUCUGGGACUGUGUUUACUCCAUGUUAGUCAAAUACAGUCCGAUUUUAACACUGAUUGUGCUUUAUUGACAGCCAGAUGUGUUUAUUAUUUCAAAAAAAUUGGAUUUGAAUGUUAUAGCAUUUACAGGUUUUCCGAUAAGAGUUUAAUACUAUACAAUUCAUUCCUGUCUGGCAUGCGAUGGCUGGAGGAGGUGUAAACUGAUGUAGGGCUCUGGAGAGGGAGAGUCAGCGGUCCAAUCAUUCUGGGUUCUGUGGACCUCUAUGGGAGAAAUCACUGGCUCGGGGGCCAUGGAUAGAUGGGUGUGUCCUAACGACAGACAUUUGGCCCUCAGGGCAAAACUGGGAACAGGAUGGUCAGUCCACACCAACAAAUUGUCUACAUUCCACAAAGGGGACCAACUCAGCAUGGAAGAGCAGGAGCACAUAAUGAAUGUCAUCGCCAAGGCAGAUUACCUCGAUCAAGUGGAGCAGGAGAGGAUAGGUCGUUUGGUUGAAAAGCUGGACAACAUGAGGAAGAACGCGAUGGGGAAUGGCACCACCCAAUGUAUACUGUGUGGAGACGAGUUUGGUCUGCUGGGGGCAAGUCCCACCCACUGUGACGACUGUAAAAACGCUGUUUGUACAAAGUGUGGAAUAGACACCUUUAAUAGCAAUAAACAGCAGCUGUGGCUAUGUAAAAUCUGCAGCGAGUACAGAGAGGUUUGGAAAAGAUCAGGAGCUUGGUUUUUCAAAGGAAUUCCAAAAUAUGUCAUACCAGAGAAAAAGUCUGAAAUUUCAAAAAUAGGAGGUCAUAAAGGUCAAAGAGAGUUACGGGGUUCACUGAGGUCACGACCUGGGUCUGGCAGAGGUUACAACACGUGGAGCAGGGGAAGGGCAAGUCAUGCAAGUUACGGAGAAAGCAGUGAUCAGGAAUCAACCAGUAGCUCAGAUGACGAGGUUAGCAUUGGGAAAAGAAAGACCGUCAAACGCUCAGGUGACUCUGGAGAGAGUGACAACAUCAGUAUAACAAGUUCUACCAGUGGUCAGUAUUACAGUAACCAUGUGAACAAGGAGCAGCGCCCAAGCAUCACCAGCAGUAACUAUUACGGCGGCCAUCUUAGUGCCACCGAGAGUAGUCGUGGUGAUGAUCUCCAUGACGACACAGACAAUGAAAGUAUUGGAGAUGGUGUGAGGCCUCAUGGGACUAAUGGGUCACGUGACCAUCAGCCUCCAACCAGACCUGUUGAAGAGGCUGACAUUGAUGAUGCUUUUACCAAAUAUGGAAAUAACCACACCCAUUCAGAUGACCACGAGGACAACCUAUCUUCUCCUGAGAGUCCCACGGGGGGGUCGUUGGGAAGUUUAGAGAUGUCGCUACUUUAUGAUGCAAACAACAAUGCUCUUCACUGUACCAUUGUCAGGGCUAGAGGACUGAAGGCUAUGGACUCUAAUGGUCUCUCUGAUCCUUAUGUCAAACUCCAUCUACUUCCUGGUGCCAGUAAGUCAAACAAACUAAGAACAAAAACAAUACACAAGACUCUGAAUCCUGACUGGAAUGAAACAUUGACUUAUUACGGCAUCACAGAGGAAGACAUGAUUAAAAAAACUCUCAGGUUAGCUGUACUUGAUGAGGAUGCCUUUGGGUUUGAUUUUAUUGGAGAGACCAGAGUUCCUCUAAAGAGACUGCAGCCCCAUCAGACUAAACACUUCAAUGUCUGUCUGGAAAAACAAAUCCCAACUGACAAGGAUGACGACUUGCUGUCACAUGACAGGGGUAAGAUCCUCCUGGGACUGAGAUACUGCACGUCCAAGCAGGCCCUGGUAGUGUCGGUGGUCCGAUGUGCCGAGUUAGCAGCGUGUGAUACAAACGGAUACUCGGACCCUUAUGUCAAACUGUACUUAAAACCAGACCCCGAAAAGAGGUCCAAGUUUAAAACAGCAGUUAAAAAGAAAACUCUAAAUCCAGAAUAUAAUGAGGAAUUUAUUUAUGAAGUUAAGCAUAAUGAACUAGCUAAGAAGACCCUAGAGAUUACUGUUUGGGAUAGGGAUAUUGGCAAAGCUAAUGACUUCAUUGGUGGUGUUCAGCUUGGAAUCAACUCUAAGGGGCACCGCCUGAAGCACUGGUACGAUACCCUGAAGAACCCUGACCACAAGUUUGAGCGGUGGCACACCCUGGCAGCUGAACUUAUCCCCGAGGUUUAAAUCAGUACCCACCCCCACCCUAAUUACUGUUGUGUUCCUGAUGUUUACUAGGAGACAUAAUUGGCUUGUCCAGCACACCCUACUAAACAGAAGACAAGAAGUAGCAGUUCUCCAUUGUUAUGUAUCAGAUGUUUUAGAGUACCACUUUAUUGUAUAUGUGUAUUUUCUCAAAUUCCCAUUUACAAACAAGUACAUAUGUACACAUUUUUCAAAAAUAAUGUUAAAAUCCUCUUCUGAUGUCCCCUUUUUGUAACAUUUUCUUAUCAUUUUUCUUCUUACCACAGUCUUGUAAAAAUUUAAAGUGCAGCUAAAAUUUGAUAUCUCUAACAUUGACAAAAACAGGUUUGACUGUAAUUAUUGCUGUCCUACUGUAUUGGGUUUUUCUAACUAGGAAUUUGAUAUUAAUGAAAAUAUUAAAGAUAUCAAUACAAAAUUCAUUCACACAUUAUUAUUUUUCCCAAGCAAAUCAUGAUUUUUUUAAUUUGAUAUUUACAAUGUUUUUAGUGCAAUAUUUUUUUAUUUUUCCAGUGUAAGACUUUUAAGUCUGUACUGUUCUUGUAACUUUAACUUUGAUGUUCUCUAAUUAUUCUCAUGACCUUUUUUGGAUAUUUUUAAUAUUAGCAAGGGAAAUAUUUCCUAUUGUCACAACUUUUUCAUAAUAUAUAUAUAAAUAAUAUACAUACACAGGAUAUGAAUACUUACUGUCUGGAAAUCAAAGAAAUCUUUCCAUAUUUUCUUUAAUAUUUUUUGAACAUUUUUUGUAAUUAAAAAUCUUGAAAGAUCUGUUUUUGAUACUGUUUCCUGCUCAAUGUGAAUUUCUGUGUUGUCUUCCGAUACAGCAGGGCUAUGAUUGGUAGGAUCCUAUCAUAUGAUGCCUUACUGUUUAAUGGUUGUGAAUUUCAUGUAUUUAUAAUGUCAUUGUUAUAAAAUGUUCAGAUCUAAAUGUACAAUGUAUUAAAUUUAUCAACACUCACCCAUCUAGAAAAGAAAAAAAAAUCUUUAAAAUAAUAAAGAUUUUGGUAAAAUUCAA